AUGCUGAAGUCAAACCACCCCAGCGACACCCAUGAAACCCAGGGUGGCUGCGAGGGUGAUGCUGCCCGUUCAGGGCUGUCGGUGCUACGGGUGGCCUACGGGGACGUGGCUCAGCUGGGAGUCUUCUGCACGGCCCCCAUCCCCAAAGGAGUCCGCUUCGGCCCUUUCCAAGGCAAAGUGGUCAACACCAGCGAGAUCAAGACUUACGACGACAAUUCCCUCAUGUGGGAGAUCUUUGAAUACGGGCGCCUGAGCCACUUCAUCGACGGGAAGGGCGCCGCUGGCAACUGGAUGUCGCUGGUCAACUGUGCCCGGUUCCCCGAGGAGCAGAACCUGACGGCCAUCCAGUGCCAAGGCCAGAUCUUCUACGAGACCUGCAAGGAGAUCCUGCCCAAACAGGAGCUCUUGGUGUGGUACGGAGACUGCUACGUCCAGUUCCUGGGCAUCCCCAUCAGCCUGAAGGGCACCCCCGAGGGGAAGAGACCCCCGCAGCAUCCCGAAGAAGCCGGGGAGAGCUUCAAGUGCGAGCGGUGCGGGAAGGUGUUCGCCUACAGGUACUACCGGGACAAACACCUCAAAUACACCCGCUGCGUGGACCAAGGGGACCGCAAAUUCCCCUGUCACCUCUGCAACCGCUCCUUCGAGAAGAGGGACAGGCUGAGGAUCCACAUCCUCCACGUCCACGAGAAGCACAGACCCCACAAGUGCUCAGUGUGUGGGAAGAGCUUUUCUCAGUCCUCCAGCCUGAACAAACACAUGAGGGUUCACUCCGGGGAGCGCCCCUACAAGUGUGUCUACUGCAACAAGGCGUUCACGGCCUCCAGCAUCCUGCGGACCCACAUCCGCCAGCACUCUGGGGAGAAGCCCUUCAAGUGCAAGCACUGUGGCAAAGCCUUCGCCUCCCACGCCGCCCACGACAGCCACGUGCGCCGCACGCACAGCGAGGAGAAGGGCUGCCUUUGCCCGGUGUGUGGCCAGCACUUCCCCGAGAAGGAGGAUUACCUCUUCCACAAGAAGGUCCACGCCACCCAUUAG